GGGGAGGUUUAGGGGAAGGGGUUGUUUGUGGCAGCAGGGGACCCUCCCCACCCCACCCGGCUCUGGGCUCCUGUAGGAAAGCCCCUCUGGGUCACCCAGAGUUGAGGGCACACCAGAGUGACCGAAUGGGAUUAUAUAUAUGUAUAUAAACGUAAUGUGAUGCUUGGCAGGUUUUGAAGAGUUCUUCCCCCCCCCUUUUAUUAUGUCUGUUGUUGAAGAGUGGAGGGGAUGUCUGCUUGAAUAUGUGUCUUGACUAGUGUUUUGGGGAGGCGGUGGGGGUGUCUGAGAACCACCAUGGUCCUGGCUGAGCUAGGCUUGUGGAGGUAGGAAGGGUUUUAGGAAGGGUCCUAGGUGCCUUUGGAGAGGGGUGGGUUUCGGAGCACCUGGAUUCUGGUGUCCCUGCCGGGUGGGGAUACCUGGGUACUUAAGGGCUGUAAAUUGGUAGUGGUGGAGCUGGCAGCUGGAGUUUGUUUUGAUGAUUUGGGUUGGGUUUUGUUGGUGGGGAGAGGGAAGCCUAGCCUGUGCCUUCAGUUUGGGAAGUGCUGGAGGGAUGCUGUGACUAGAGAGAGGCUUAGAGUGUAACCUUUUGGAGCACGUUGGUGUGUUUCUGAGAUAGGAUUUCACUGGGAAAGUCUGUGGAAGGGUUAAAAUCCAUGUGACAAUUGGUGUGUGUGUGUGGAGGGGUGCCCAGCUGAACAUCGCAGAAGGCCCUUUUUGGCAAAGACCAAGAGAGGAAGUGGUAUACUUGGGAGCUAAGAGGCAGUUAUCUCUCUAAACAGAGAUCUUGGUUAUAUAGAAGGGUGUGAGCUAAAUUUUCGGGUGGGGUGCACUUUGUCAAAGGUGUAAAACGAAGGAGCCUGGAAAGGCCUGCUUUAGAGAACUGAAGGAAAGAAAGGACAUCUCUCCCUUUUUAUUUUAUUUUUAUUUUUUUUGCACUCCUGCGCAGCCAUCUCUUAUCUGCAAUGACAGGCAAAUCGGUCCGGGACGUGGAUAGGUAUCAGGCUGUCCUUGCAAAUCUGCUGCUGGAAGAGGAGAACAAAUACUGUGCAGACUGUCAGGCCAAAGGGCCAAGAUGGGCCUCAUGGAAUAUUGGCGUGUUUGUCUGCAUCCGCUGUGCCGGAAUCCACAGGAACUUGGGCGUCCACAUAUCCCGAGUAAAAUCUGUCAAUCUGGACCAAUGGACACAAGAGCAAAUACAGUGCAUGCAGGAGAUGGGGAAUGGCAAAGCGAAUCGCCUCUACGAAGGUUACCUUCCGGAGAACUUCAGGCGGCCUCAGACAGACCAUGCAGUGGAGGGCUUUAUCAGGGACAAAUACGAAAAGAAGAAGUACAUGGACAGAAGUCUGGACAUCAACAUGUUACGGAGAGAAAAGGAUGACCAAUGGAAAAAGGAGGCACCCUCGGGGAAAAAACUGGAGCCAAUUAUCUUUGAGAAGGUGAAAAUGGCCCAGCCUCAGAAGAAAGAUGACUCUCAUACCAAGAAAAGUCCUUCCAGAUCUUCUGAACCUGUCAUGGACUUGCUGGGACUUGAUGUUCCUGUUUCAACUGCCCUCCCCAAUGGCAGAUCCAGUAGCUGUUUAGAGAAGGACUUGGACCUGUUUGCCUCCAUGACCUCUGAGAGGAAGGUUGUUGGCUCCAUGCCCACAGCUGGGAGUGCUGGUUCUGUUCCUGAAAACCUGAACCUUUUCCCCGAGCCUGGAAGCAAGUCAGAAGAAGUGGGGAAGAAGCAGCUCUCCAAGGAUUCUAUCCUCUCCUUAUAUGGCUCUCAGACCCCGCAAAUACCUGCACAAGGAGCUGUCUUCAUAGCCCCAGCCCAAUUGGGAUACCCUGCAGCAUACCCCGGUUUCCCAGGCAUGAUGGGGGGCAUGAUGGCACCCCCAGUUGGGAUGAUGGCACAGCAGGGAGCAGCUGGCAUGGUGGCACCCAUGGCGAUUCCAGCGGGUUAUGUGGGCGGCAUGCAGACGGCGGUCAUCGGGGUCCCCAACGGGAUGAUGCCAGCGUCGCAGGCUGGAUAUGUGGCUGGUAUGGCCCCCGUCUCUGCCCCCGUCUACGGUGUGCAGCCAGCCCAGCAGCUUCAGUGGAACAUUGCCCAGAUGACGCAGCAGAUGGCCGGGAUGAACUUCUAUGGCACAAAUGGGAUGGUGGGAUAUGGACAGUCCAUGGGCAGAGGAGGGGCCCAAGGAGCCAAUCAGACCCUCAGUUCCCAGGUGUGGAAAUAAUGCAUCUGGAUUUUGGACCAUCUCUUCCUUUCUUUGCUUCUGUUUCUUGGUUUUGUUUUUGGUUUGUUUCUGCAUUAAAAGUUGCUCCCUGAGAUUAUUUUACGGUUUGCAUUCCAUUCUGAUGGUCGCGGCUAGACCUUCCCUGUGUGAUAUGGAGGCUGGCUGUGCCAGUUUUGCUCCCCCCCAACAUCCAAGGCACUGACGAUGGAACUGGAGACUUGGCUAUCUUGGCUCUCUAAACUGCAGGUAUGGGCACAUAAGGUGGGAGAUGGCCUUUAUGGCACAAUGUAGACCUAACAUCAAAGUAGGCUUUCCCUGGGCCUUCAAAAAGCGUAGCUGUGAUGGCUGACAUCCUUGCUCAUAGCUACACCUAUAGGCACUUUGUGUGUGUGUGUUUUUAGGAAUUGGAUAAAAAAUAUUCAAAAGCUGAAGUCCCUCGCCUGAUGUUUGCCACCCAUUUAGUUUCCUCUCUCAUCCUUGCUCCUCUCGCUCCUGGCUCCAAAUAUUCUGUUUCUUGCACUUCAGCUUCUCCAUCCCUUCUUCUACUGAAACAUUCCAUUUUUUCCCCCAGUGGAGUUUUCUAGAACCGUCUCCACCUUUCGUAAGGUGGUAAAGUUUCCCUGCUGUGAGCACAAAUUAUCUUUUUUUUUUCUUCUGGAAUUCUGUCCAGGGUGGGGCGAAACGAAGUAACGGUUUCUUUUGUCUAACCACCUGUGGCGGUGACAUAGUUAGACAAUUUCUCUUCCCCCCUGUCCUGGCUGCUUCUUUCUUUCUUUCACAUUUUAAUGACUGAAUCGAUCAAGGGCCAAGACCCUGUGAUAAGUUUUCUCCUUGCACUUUUUGUUUUGCACUUUUUUGUUUUGCUGUGUACCAUACACACUUGCCAGCAUGAAAGUUUCAGUGGCGGAGUUUAAAAAAACCCCAAAAUCAUGAGACUGGGGCAGUCCGACUCUCCUCAGCCACUUCACAGAGGAAGAAUAUCCAAUCUGUGGUUUUGAAAGACUUUGUCAGCAUAAAUGAAAGCUAGGCAUCUUCUGUCUACUUUACCUUGUGUAUAUGUAAAUUCCUUAAUAAAAAUAUUGCAGUGAAAUACGA